AUGAAUGGUGCUUAUGCAAAUGGCGGUAAUGAUGAUCGAAAUGAUUCAACACGUAUAAUAUCUUAUAGAUCGGCUGUUAGUAGAGAUCAUAUACGAACAGCUAAUCGUACAAAACGAAAACGUAUUGGCAAUGAAAUUGAUUUAAAUGAUAUUAAUGCUGAUCUUGUUUAUGAUGAACAUCAAAUUUCAAUUGAAGAACUUGUUCAUAGAUUUGAUACAGAUUUAAGAACGGGUUUAACAAAAAUUCAAGCUAAACAACGAUUAAUUGAUGAAGGUCGUAAUCAUAUUGAACCACCACAUGUUAGCGUUUCAAAAUCAUGUGAACGAUUUUGGUUACAACCUUAUAUACUAUUUGUUUCAAUUUUAUCAUUACUUGCUAUACUUUGUUUUGUGGCUUUUGCUAUACAACUUAAUACACGUCAAGAACCAACAUAUGAGAAUCUCUAUAUGCUUAUUGUAUUGAUAAUAUUCAUUCUUUUACCAAGUAUUUUUACAUUUGCUGUUAGUCAUAUAAGUGCCAACAAAUUACAAUAUUUACGAUAUCAAAUAAAACAAGUAAGAAAAAAAUUCUAA